AUGAUGGGUGAUACAGACAUCAUAGGCAGCCUCGCCCAUGAGUUGUCGGACCUUGAACUCGCUCUACUCCUCUGUUUAGGCGGACAGGAACACUGCUUAAUCGAGACUGAUCAUGACAGCAUCAAUGACGUUGCUGCAGAGCUAGCCUUGAUAUGCUCUCACACAUACGGCCUUGAUUACACGGUAAUCGAAUGCUCACAGACCACCUCGCUAGAGGAAUUCCGAGAUCAAAUAUGCAUCUCUGCGCUGCAAACGGAUGAGCCUGGUAUGGAGCCUAGAUAUCAGACCGUUGGCGCGGUCAUCGCGAAGAACCUCGAUCAUGCGUCUCAUGAUAUUCAGCUCGAGGCUCUAGAGUUAAUGCGAUCAAAGAGACUGGUGACAGGAACUGGCGUCCUCGAAGCCCCAGCUCAUUUCCUGUUCGUACCAGUCAUCACACGCGACGCGGACCAGGUUCGACCGAAACUCAAUACCCACCUCAUCGACCAUCUAAUCAUUUCGCACUACCACGACCCCGAGGACGGGUACGCAUACCUCGAAGAUGACGAUGGCUGGCACUCUGAUGGCCAGGGAUCUCUGUCUUCUGUGGUACAUAGAACCGGUACCCGCGAGAGUCUUCAUCCAGGCGUUGAUUUCCAGCUCCUCGAUAAACUCAACGCCGCCGGCGAUGCCGUACGCGUAACGGCCGAGCUCACCCGUUACCAACAAGACAUCGUCGUCUUCCUCCGCCUCAGCCGCGCAGUCGCGGGCGGUAUAUCUGCACGAUCGAAUGUGCAUUUCACGAAACUAGCCAAACUGCUCGCCGUAAUCCACGGAAUCAACUACCUCACCCCGUCGAUUGUCGCGCUAGCAGCGAAAAAGGUCUUUCGACAUCGGAUUGUCGUCGCGAAGCCCGAGGAUGAUCGCAGCUUGCAAUAUGGAAGUGAUUUGAAGGCUGUGGCGAAGGUGCUGGAGUAUGCAACUCCCGAUACAAUCCUGGAGAGUGUGCUUACGCUUGAGGCGCCUCUUUGA